AUGAUGCUGGACGACGUAAAUGAAUCAAACUAUUAUAGACCUUCUGAGAAGGUCUUUCAGGGGCAGAUGUAUGAUGCAAGCCAGAAGAAAGAAUACCGACUCGAUCAUAGAAGAAGUUGUCUCAGCUUAAUUCGAACCUUACCGCGUGAUAAACUUAUGAAACUAUUCAGGCAAUCCCAAAACAAACAAUACAAUCCAAUCGGCAGGCGAAAUAAUCAUGUGGCCAUUCAAACAAAUUUGUCGGAAGAUGAGCUUGAGGAGAAUGAAGAUUACGAAAGUAAUAAGAAUAGAAUAGAACUGCGAAGUAAACGACACAAGAAAAAACGACAUAUUGAUAAUAACGAUAACAUCAAAAAUAAAAGUGAAGAUACAAAAACAACUAAAAUACUUAAUGCUGAAAAAGAAAAGUUAGUAGAAAACAAAUUAAUCGAAUUGAUUAAAAAAAAAUUAAAGAAACACCUGGAUGGUGAAGCAAAAAAGAAAAAUGAAAUGAUAAAAAAUGGCGUGAAUCAACUUUCAAAGGAGAAUAUAGUUGAACACGACUUAGAGAAAACCAAUGUCAAUAAAGAUGAAAAUUUAGAAAACCUAAAAAAGCAAAAGGUUAAUCACGACAAGCACUUUGAUAUAGAUACAGAAAUGAGGAUAAGUUCAGGAGAACGUGAUAAAGGGGAAAAACGAAAAGUUGAGAAAAAGAAACAUGUCGAAAAAUCUGAUUUUGAUAGUCCACCUAAACCGAAACGUUUUGAUGUUAUCUCAAAAGAAUUAUCAGAGGAACAUAAUGAAUACGACAGUACAAAACCGAAUAAAAAAGCCCUGUCUACACAUGGAACUGACCAGGAAGACGAAAAAGCUAAACCAAGGGGUAAUAAGAAAAAUGAAUGUAUUAAUGAAACGGAGGCAAAUAUUGACAAAUGUGUACGGGCUUGCCAAAGAACACACGAAGACGUGUGUGACCUCUUAACUUGCUCCGCCAGAAAACUCUUUGACAUCAUGACGUCAAUGGAUGGUUGUCAAACGUUGCCUAGAGAUUGUAAAUUUCGUCGUGAAUUGUCAACACGAGUUGGUGUAAUCGGUAAGGCGUGUGGAUUACACCACAGAGACCCCGAGUUCGAGUCCCGCCGUAAACAUGAAGUUUUUUAG